AUGGGCUCCACUUCGACUCCGGGGUAUGAUCCCAACGCGACUCGCGUACCUGUUAUCAUUGGAGUCUGUGUGACGAUGAUUGUUCUGGCUGUUCUGGCAACCGCACUUCGCAUAUGGGCGCGGGUCAUGACAAAAGCCAAGUUGUGGUGGGAUGAUUGGCUCUGCAUCGUGGGACUAAUAUUCGCAAUCAUGCCGUCGAUAUUCGAUUUUGUCCAGAUCAAUAAUGGAUUCGGACGACACAUGACAACGGUGCCUGCUUACAAACUGGUCAGAUACAGCCUGUUUCUCUACAUCCUCAUGCUGUUCUAUAACCUGGGGUUGGCAUUUUUCAAGCUUUCCUGCUUGGCGCUGUACAUCCGCAUGUUUGGAGUCCAUCGAUGGAUUCGUCACAUGAGUUAUGCCAUCGGUGCGAUGGUCAUUGCCUGGGUCUUAGCCAAUGAAUUCGUCUUAAUCUUCCGAUGCCACCCAGUCGACCUUGCCUGGAAAGGAACUGCAGAGGAGCAGGCAAAGUCAUGCGUCACCGAGAAGGAUAUAUUCAUCGCACAGUCUGCUCCGACGAUUUUCUUCGAUUUGCUUAUUCUCUUUAUGCCCAUUCGAGUGGUCUGGGCCCUGCAACUGCAAUUUACCCAGAAGCUUGGUGUCAUCGUUGUUUUUGGACUGGGAUCGCUCGUUACCAUUAUUAGUAUGGUCCGCCUUGCAGGCGCUGUUACUUCGACAGACAUAGAUUUGACCUAUGGAUACGUCGAGCUAGGCAUGUGGUCUGCGGUCGAGCCCGUGACUGGCUUACUCUGCUGUUCUCUUAUGACAUAUGGCCCAUUUAUCAAGAGGAUCCGCCAGGUCAGCAGGACGUACAUUCGGGGUAACACCAACGGCCACAGGUCGCAAUCCUCUUCAACGUCAUUGUCCAUCCGAAACAAACUCACAGGUCAUCAUUCCGCUGAAUACGAUCAGUUUGACCUCGAAUCAAGCCCAUCCCGUUUGGGUAAUGCGGCUCCAGUUGUUACCACGUCUGAUAAAUUUGAUCAAACACAUAAUGGUGCAAUAAAUAUCACGCACGAAUUUCAAGUUCAACGAGACUCAAAUGAAAACUAA